UAUUAGCACCUGCCGCUAGGCGGAGAAGGGAUGAUCCGGAGAGAAGAGGCGCUUUAUCCGGCUCACGCCCGUUGUGGACUGAGCCUGAUAAGCGGAGAAUCGCCAUAAUCUGACGACAGGGUGUCAAGACAAGAAUAAAGUCGAGGGCAACUCAGACCACUGGUGGAGGAGUUCGACGAGAAAGCAAGGCUUUCAGCCAGGAGUCGAGGUGGAGGUGGAGGGGUUGGGGAGCGGAGCCGGAAAUAGGAAACUACAGCUCCCAGAAGGCGUAGCGGCAAAGGUCCCGGAUGCUGGGGUCGUGAAGCCUGAUGGGAAAGGUAGUUUUGCGAGCGACUUAACCUAGAGGUUAGCGAGGUUGGAAGUUCUGAGGCCCGGGGCCCCCGGAGUCGGAGAGAGAUGGAACUGGAGCAGAGAGAAGGGACCAUGGCAGCUGUGGGCUUUGAAGAGUUCUCAGCGCCGCCAGGCUCAGAGUUGGCGCUGCCUCCUUUGUUCGGUGGUCACAUCCUGGAGAGCGAGCUUGAGACAGAAGUGGAGUUUGUGUCUGGGGGUCUGGGUGGCUCCGGGCUCCGGGAGCGAGAUGAAGAGGAAGAGGCAGCCCGGGGCCGGCGGCGGCGCCAGCGGGAACUAAACCGCAGGAAGUACCAGGCGCUAGGUCGACGCUGCCGGGAGAUCGAGCAGGUGAACGAGCGGGUCCUGAACAGGCUCCAUCAGGUACAGAGGAUAACUCGGAGACUCCAGCAGGAGCGGAGGUUCCUCAUGAGAGUGCUGGACUCCUACGGUGAUGACUACCGCGCCAGCCAGUUCACCAUCGUGCUGGAGGACGAGGGCAGCCAGGGCACAGACGCCCCCACCCCAGGCAACGCCGAGAACGAGCCUCCAGAGAAAGAGGGGCUGUCCCCGCCUAGAAGGACGCCUGCACCCCCAGAACCUGGCAGCCCGGCCCCUGGCGAGGGGCCCAGCGGGCGGAAGAGGCGGCGAGCACCCCGGGACGGCCGCCGAGUGGGAGCUGCAAUGACUCCAGAACUGGCCCCGGUGCAGAUUAAGGUCGAGGAAGACUUCGGCUUUGAAGCGGACGAGGCCCUAGACUCCAGCUGGGUUUCUCGGGGGCCGGACAAGCUGCUGCCCUACCCCACCCUAGCCAGCCCCGCCUUUGACUGACCCACCCCCACCCCAGUAAACCAGCCCCUACACUC